AUGCACCCAAAGGCAAAGUUGGUUUUGAGAAUUGCCACUGGUUACAAAGCAGUCUGUUGUCUCAGUGUGAAAUUUGCUGCCACACAUAAAACCAGCAGACUUCUCUUGGAACACGCAAAAGAGCUAAAUACAAAUGUCAUUGGUGUCAGCUUCCGUGUAGGGAAUGACUGUAUGGUCUUCUUCGUGCAAGCAGCAUCUGAUGCCUGCUGUGUCUUUGACACGGGAGCGGAGUUUGGUUUCCACAUGUGUUUGCCUGACAUUGGUGGAUCUGAGGAUGUGAAGCUUAAAUUCGAAGAGAUCACCAGUGCAAUCAACCCAGCACUAGACAGGUACAUUCCAUCAGAUUGUGGCGUGAGAAUCACAGGGUUAGCUGAGCCAGGCAGAUACUACAUUGCAUCAGCUUUCACAGUUGCAGUCAAUAUCAUUGACAAAAAAUUGUGCUGA